AUGGCGGGCACAGCUGGCGGGCUGUCCCUCGCCUUCAACCCCCUGCUUCUCCUUCACGAGCCACAGUCAUCUUCUAGCCUCUGCCAUCGCCGCCCAGGCGCUUUCGUCGUCUUCGGAUCGCUGUUCUCUACGUCUCCCUCUUCUUCCAUCCAGAGCCGCAGAUGGUGGAGAAGGAAGGGGGUAAUCCCCGUCGUCACCGCGCGGCUCUUCUCGUGGCGGCUUAGAUCGUCGCAAGACGAGAAGAAAGGAAGCAGCUCCCGUGGGACGGUGAAAAAAGGUGAAGUUGGGAGAGAGGAGGGGAGUGGGGAGCCUGCGGAGGAACUGCGCGAAGUUAAUCGGAGGAGCCCUUCCACCCACGAAGGGGAGGGUCGCGAAACGCGGGUGGCGGCGGAGCAGGGUACUCAGACGCCAGCAGUGCCUUCAGAUUCUCUCUCACUGGGGAUCAAAGAACCGGUUUACGAGGUCUGUUUGAGACGUUUACUGAUCACUUGAUUGAAUUCCUUGAAGACGAAAAUAUGUGUUCCACUUUACUGAGAGUCUGCGAAUCCUCUCACCCCUGGCUCGGGGAUGACAUGUGUACCUGAGAAGACAAGGCAUCUGCCAAACCGUGACACGAGAGUGGGAACUACAGCCUUUCUUCAUUGUAUGCAAAAGUUUGCACUAAAAAGUGAUUUCCUCUGACCAACUAGUCUCUUGUAACUUGGAAAAACUCAUCUUAAGAGCUGGCUUGUGAGGUUGGAGAGCACAAACACUGAAACCCCCCUUGUCGAAAGCUCACAUUUCAAAUGUGGGAUAAGUCCCAUAACUUGGAAAUGGGCCAUAAUAUACAGCCAUGCCCCGCAGCCACGUCGCCCAUGCGGACUGGCUUUUCACUAGUCUUUACUACUCCUGUGCGAACAUUGGAAUGGUAGAUUCACCACUUGCGCUGCACAAUUGUGAUUGACAGACUGUGGCUGGGUUUAAUACCAUUUUUUAUGUGCUUUGAGAGAGGACAUUCUAAAAGCUAGCUUUGAGUGUUGUUCUCCCAAAGAACAUAACAACCAGCUUCCAUUCCUGGUCUCUAAUAUAGUCUUCAGAGAUCUGACCUUCUGGUGUUUGUAGAAAUAACCUUUUUUUCUCUUUUCGACUGAUGCUGGUAAUCCUAAAUUAUUUUAUGGUGUUUAGGAUGAAAAGAGGUACAAUGUCCACUGUGUAAUAUAAGCCUAUAUUUGGAAGUAGUUUGAACUCUACUUGGGCUCCAGUCCUAUGGCUUUUUAUGUGAAUCAGAAUCCUGUUUUUCUCGUUGAUGAUUACAGAGUCAUAUAAGCCCUCUCCAAAGUCGUGGUAAUUCUAGAUGUCGUGGUCUGCUGGGGAAUAGGAUGAUGGACCUCAUCAAUCGUGCCUUUUGUUUGACGUUGUUACAAGUACUAAUCAUAUAAAGAAACGAGAGAUAAAAUCAAACACUUCUAAUGCCAUUAGUUUCACUGCUGAUACAGUGAUUUACUGAAUCAGAGGUUUUUCUUUUCUUUUUGGCCAUGAUAACUCUAUAAAGUAAAAAUAUUAGCCUAGAUCAUUUUAACCAUUAUUCGUGAUACUUGACCCAUUAUUUUUGUCUCCAAUGCACUGUAGCCCAGUAGAUCUCCAAUAAUGCGAGAAGAACAAUAGUAAUUGAUUGAUGAUAAUUGGCAUGAAAUGUAUGUUAAUGUUCCUAGUGUAUGGCAUGCUGAUCUUUCUUAGACAAGAUUUCUUGGUUCAUACAUCCACUCAACAUUUGAGUGAUUGAUUGCACCAUGUUUUGUUUUGAUUCUUUCCGAAUUUCGUUCUUUCCAUUCGUAAUAUUUUGUGUAAUAUUGUAACAACAUUCAUUCUAUGGAGCCUGUCAUCUGAUUGUUUCUGGAGUGAGAUGUUGAGGACAUCUAAAGCUUAGUGCAUUAUGCUUAUUAAAUCUGAAUUUCAUUUAGGUGGUCGAAGUAAGAUCUGAUGGUGUGAUGUCUACAAAGAAAAUAAAUCGGAGGCAACUGUUGAAGUCCAGUGGUAAGUGUUGAUUGAAACAGAAAAUUUGUUGACCUGUGUUACACGUUACUGGAGGCUUUGAAUGGUCCAUUUUCAACCACGUAAUGUAAUCUACAGCUCUGCAUUGCUUUGAAUAAAUUGCAUAUUUUCGAAAGUGUACUUUGCAAGCUUAAAAGGAGAUCAUUCAGUGGGAAUUUUACCUGUUUUAUUGGUUUUAAUAUAUGGUUAAUGACAUGGAAUAUUGCUUAGAUGUAGUUUGCCAACACAUUGGUGCUUGAAUAGUAUAUUAGUUUUCGUCAAAGGUUGUAUGCAUUAUGAUUUAUAUGUCCUCUUCUGGUUGCGAAGUUUCAAAAUUAAAUCUUGCAUUAUGAUUUAUAUGUCAUCUAGACAUUACAAAUUCGUGGAUGAGUUGAAUGAUACUAUGUACAGUAAAUCAGUUGUGCAUCUGUUAGCACUUUAUUCAAGUUAAGUUUCAUAAGCAAAGGUUUCAAAUCUGCAACUUUGUUCUUGACUAGUGUGAACUGAAUCACCUGGUCCAAUAUGAGUUAAUAUGGUUAGAUCAUUUAUGAUAAUUAUUCAUAUGCUUUUUGGCGUGCAUAUUUUGCAAUAACAUGAUUUCAUUUUGAUUAAUGGAACCAGUGUGUCAAUUUUAUGAAAUAGUAUGUGCCCACUCAAUCGGGGCUGUCUUUUUUCAGUUCAUUACUAACAUAAGAAAUGCAUUAUGAUCAACAGAAAUGAAGUGUAUAUUUUAGUGUUUUCUUUAAUUUAUGGAUAAGGCAUUGAAUAGAUUUUUCUGUGAGACGCCAAUGGCCUUUUAGUGCUGUUACAAGUCAUAGUAUUUGAUGUAGACAGAAAUGGAGUGUAUUCAAUUUAUUUUGUAUAUUUUAUGUUCUAAAUUUCAAGUGCGAAUUUAUCAGAACUUUAGGACGUUUAGGAUAUUAAUGAUCAACAGCAAUUUUUUUCAUAACCCAUUGUUGAGGAUUCUGUGCCAACAUUAAGCUCUAGUGUUGACACUGAUCUUGACUGUGCACUCAGUGGCUAUUUCAUGAUGUUCUCUUUUUUAUAUGUUAUUCUUUGUUUGCUGCCAUUAUAUCUGCUAUAGGAGCAUAUCAUUUGCUCUUCUUUCUUGUUACAGAUGUUUCCUGACUAAUACUUCGUUAUGAUAGGGCUUCGUCUACGAGAUAUCAGAAGUGUUGAUCCAUCCUUGUGGUUGACCAACUCAAUGCCUUCUUUGCUGGUAGGAUAAGGAUCUGUCUUCCACGACACCAUGGAAUAUUGCUCAAGUUAUCAGAAAAUACCCACCACCAAAUUUUCAAAUUUACAUGUUUUGUGCUUUUGUCUUACAGGCCUUGAAGUUAAUUUGCGGUUAUCAUUAGAAGGCAGGACCUUUGCUAAAAAAUGCAAAAGUAGAAGUAUUAUGCUUUUUGUUAGUAAUCUGGCACCAUGUUAUCAAAAUUCGUUAAAAAACUUAGAAAGCUAUCUUUCAAUCCUAUAUGUAAACAAUCUGAUUUAAUUUUCAUCCUUUGUCUAGCCUACUGUGUUAUCGAGAUUACUGACUUUCCUGAUGUUCCCUGCCCAUUUAAUGCCACCCUUCUGAAGCAUACAGGUUGAACAUUGUAAAACAUAGUUGGUAUAUGGUGGUGAAAUUUACCGUCCAUCACGAGUAGGCAGAUGUCCUAUUAAGGACAAACAAGAAAAAAAUCGCAUGCACGUCUUGCAGUUAUGGAGGUCAGGUAUUUGGCUAAUGUAGAGUGGGGCUGAUCAUUGAACUGGGAAUCAUGUAUAAUUCUGUUGAAUUGAUUGACUGAGGGAAGGAGAAAUUUUACAAUCAUUAAAUAUAAUCCAAAAAUACAAUGAGGAUGAAAUAGAGUAUUGGAAAGUAAAAAUAAAUUAACACAUUAAAAGAAAAGAUAAACUUCCACUUUUCCAGCACUGCUUCGUUUAUUCUUCUCCUUUUUUUCCCGAUCUUGUUUGUCACUUCCUCUUCUACUCUCAUUGUGAAUCUUGAUAUUGUGGGAUGAAGGUAGUUGCCUCCUCUUCUCCUAUUUUUAUUAUUCUUCCUUUUUUAUUUCAGCUUCCUUUUUAUGUAAACUCGUCUAUAAUCAGAUUCUUUCGUUUUCAGAAAUGUUAAACUUGGUACAUUCCCAGUUUUGGUUAUGGUCUGUGUAUUAUUUAUGUCCUAUGCUUGUUACACUUAAGACCAUGGUCAUGAGAUAAUAGAAUAAAACCCUAAUUAUGGAAGUAAACUCUCUUUCACCAUCUUUCCAUUAUAUCUUGAAAGAAAUUUGCUCAAUUGCUUCUUUGAAAUUGGUCUUCCGAAGGCAAGAAUUCAGUCUGUCCAGAGUAUUACGGUUUUCCUUAUCAUAUUUUGGAAUGUUAUUAUGUUUUUUACUGGCUUCAUAUUGCUUUGUACUACCUUAUUAGUGACAUAUACUGCUUGUCGAAAUUUAGUAUUUAGCAAUUAAAAAGGCAACCCUUUAUUUUGUUCUCUUAUGAGAUACACUGAAUCCCAAGUAAUUUUCAUUUCUUUGAUCAUAUUUAUAUCUUUUUAUGCUUGUGUGUUUAUUCUUGUCUGAGUUAGCUCUGGAGUAAAUGAUUUAGACAGAUGUAAAUGUAUCCUUUAAAAUAACUUUAAAUUUCAAGCCGGUGUAAAUGUUUUUUACGCUCAGUUUAUAUUGAGGUGUAUAUUCAACUAUGUUUUUUGUGUUGGUCUAUGCUAGGUACGAGAACAGGCUAUUUUAUUGAAUCUUGGCUCCUUGCGGAUAAUAGCCAUGAAAGAACGAGUCCUUUUAUUUGAUUAUAAUCGGUAUUCAUUCUGCAAAAUAUGAUGCCUUUUAAUCGUCAAACCUUUGUCGUUGGAUCAACUAAAUUUGUGAUAAUUAUGAUUGACCAAAACUUUUUCUUGACGCCUUGUAGGAAAGGUGGAAAGGCAUUUUUGAAGAUAUUUUUGCCUCGCUUAAAUCCUAAAAACAUUAACGGAGCACCAUCUAUGCCUUUUGAAAUUGAGGUGGGUUAUUUUAAGUAUAUUUGUAGCGCAAAAAAUUGCUUCUGUUUAUUUAACUUUACUUGAUAUUAAGCUUUUAUUGGUAAAAUUAUAAGUGGACCAAUAUUAAGGCUAAUUAUUGAUUCAAUUUCUUGUGCAAGCUUGAAACUUUAUUAAUGGAGAACAUAAGUUGUAAAAUUCGAGUUCUUCAUUAUAUGAGUGGUCUCUGUCUUUGUAUGCUUGUGGUGACUAUUGAUAAUUGUUGUGAUGUCAUUUGGUGGAAUAUCUCUCGUUUCUGAGACCUUUUAUGGUUUAAUAGUCUUGUUGAAGUUUCAAAUUUAUGAUAGAGCUAUAUAUUGUGGUCAAAGCGAGAGAAUAUUCUUCAACGAAAGCAGAAGAUGAACAUAAGGAAAUUACUUUUAUGGCUUAUCUUUCACGUGACUCUUCUGAGCACAUAGGCAAUCUUUAGUAUGUAGUAUAGAAAUAUGAAAGAAAUAGCAAUUCAUUUUGCUAUCUUCUGGAUAUUAUCUAUCCGCACAUUACUUAAAUCUUGUGGAACAAACAGCUGGUGCAAUGCGUUUUUUUUUUUAUAAAACUUCACGUAGGGAAGCGAGGAAUAUUUUAAAGCUUUUGACGAGAGUCCAAAUAAUCCCGUGCCAUGAUGCAUCUGAGAUAAUACUAAUUCGUGAAAUACGAAUGCAUGCUCAAACCAGGGAAGUAGCCCUAUUUCCCACUGUCCAGAGAUGGAAAUCGUUGGAAUAUUCGGAACGUUUCAUAAACAUUACAGAAAAUGACUAAGACAUUUGUGGCCCCCAUAAAUAAGGAGGUGUGCGGUAGCUACAAAAGAGGACUUAUUUCUCUAGUAGAUAGUCUAAACCCUUCUCUCCCUCGUUUCUAAAAGGUCUUUAUUUGACCUCACGUUACACCGAUUUUAUCCCUUUGCUAAAAAAAUAAUAUAAAGUACGAAUAGCAAUGUCGAUUUUUGUUUUUCUGAGCCCUCUUUUUCUAUUGCGUGAUCACUUUUUUAUCUUUGCAAAUUCGAACUUUCCAAGUAAAAUCCAUAAUUCUUUGGACUUAUUAGUCAUCUUGCAGUUCCUAGUUCCAUGAAGUGGGCAUUGACUAUUUUGAUGGGACUUCUAAUUAAGAGUUGUUCUCACCCCUCCUUGCUGACAUCAUAGUCUCUUCUUAACUAUUUCUUAGUGUUUAAAUUUAAAAACCUGGAGUAGUUAAGUAUCUGGAUCUGCACCCAUUUAUGUUUCGAUUUGGCAAAUCCUAAAAAAAUAAUCCGAUAAUGAAUUGGUAGUAUAUUAUUACUAAUUAAUUUUUAGAUGGGUGAGAUUUUCUAGAAAUGUAUUCUAGGUGGAUAAGAUAGGUGACAGAGGUUAUCCCCGAUAAGAAAGACUACUUGAUGCUAUAAAUGGUUCAAACAUCUCAAUGCAUAUGUCCAUUAGAAGAUCUUGUUGCCAUUGAACUAGUUGCUUUAGUAUCUAAUUGACCAAAGUGUUUAAAUCCGUAAAUAAUUUCUACUUUGUAGUCCUCUUUCCUUCGUUCUUAUAGGGACGAGAAGAAAGUAAAGGAGCUCCUCAACAAGAAUAAUACUGCAAGGUAAACUGCAAAAGUCACAGAUGCGGAUAAUGAUAAGAGUGCUGGUAGAAUAAUGGAAAAAGUUGUCAAUGAAAAUCCAUGUUUUUGACGUUUUCAAUUCAGAGGCUGGAAACUUGUGUACAUCUUCUUAUGAUUUUGACGCUAAUUCUUGAAGCAUAUUUAUUAUUUUUAGAGUAAUGACUUCAUGAGGUAUAUGAGCAUCGUUUCAUUUAUAUACACAUUGAGGUCAUUUGUUUAGAUACUGCUGAUGAGUGCAUGAUGCACUUUGCAGGUUGUUGAAGCUGCAUUGCUCUCUAGAAUACAACGUCUAGAGCAAAAACUUGUUGAUCUGGAACCUCGUGUGAGUAUUAAGGCAUUCUAUUGCAGUUGUUACCUGGCUAUUUUUAUGUCAUGGCAAAUUCCUUUUCCAACCUUAUUUUGGUAAAAAAAAGAUAUUUGAUGUAACAGAUUCAUCAAUUGGGAUCUCACAGACAUUUUUUCAGUCUAUUGUUUAUGACUAAGUAUGAUGACUUAUUGACUUUAUAUGGACUUAUCAAUUGACCAUUACCCAUAUUUGCUAGUCACCAUGGGAUGUUGAAACUUAUACCCGUUAUGUUACUCUGUUGUAAAAUGAAAGGAUAUUGGACACAGAUUGCAGUUUAUCCAUGUACAUCAUGUCGCCAAUGAUUUGUUAUUUGACGGUGGUAGGCUGAAGUUUCAUGUGGGGCUAGGGAAAAUCAAUUCCUGUGAAGGUGAAAUUUUGUAUCAGCAACAGGAUAGUGGUGCAGAAUUUCUUCUUGUAUGAAGUUUUUGUGUAUUUUACACAUGUUAUACUCUAACAUCCUACUUUGCUUCGUUAAUGAUUUGUUGUACUAUUCAGUUUCUUGUGAAAUGUUUUUGUCAGACCGCUUGUUUACACUGGAGACGGUGUUAGUACCCUUAUUCGAGGGUAGGUUCAGGAAUAUGUAGAUGCAUUACAUCGUCAUCCAUCUAACGACAAUAUAAUAGAUUUCAUUGUUUUCAAUUUUACUCGAAAUUCUGCUGCAAGUUACUGUUUUGAUCAGUUGAUGUGUGAAGAGUGGAAGAGAAGUCUACACAAGGACUUAUUCACAAAUGAGCCAAGGACUGUUUCUAGCUUUCUGGGAGAAAAACCUAUUAUUAAGACAACUACUGAUGAACUUAGGAGACAUAGAACCCAAUUAUAAAAUGCAAUUCUCCUGGAACUUCAAAGUUUUAAUGUCCAUAUGUACAAUGUUCCUUAGUGUAAGCUAUAGGUGACCAUCCCAGCUGAGCAAACUGUCUCAUGACAUCUUUCUGAUUUGGUAGUUGAUGGGGGAGAUUACGUUACUAAGAUUAUUCUAUUUAUCUGAUGUUUUUCCUAUCUACACUCCAGCAUUUCAUGGUAUGGACAACAGUUGGCUUCUAGUCCAUUGUGUGUGGGAUACAUUUAUGCCAUGUCUGAAGAGCAGCAUAAGACGAAAUGAUGUUCAUCUGGUAAAUAAAAAAUUAGAAAUGAAAUGAUCAUAUCAUCCAAACUAGUUGCAGAACUGAGGAGAGUGGGUAAAAAUUCUUACUCCCAUCCACUACUGUCCCUUUUGCUGCCUGCUGCCGCCAGGUUUCUUAUCCUUUGCCACCAAUCAUAAAAAAAUAUUGUUAUUAUUAGCCGCAUCGUUUGUUGUUAUUCAGUGUGGGGCAUAACUUCGGAAUUUUCAAGGAUCAGAUGAUCCAUUAUAUACGUCAGAUCAUUAGUGGUUGGCACCUUAUUUAGAUUAUCUUUAUUUGUUUUGAUUGUACUUUUUGCAGUGUUGAGGAUAUGCCUAUUAGAAAAUUGCAUUUUGGUAUAAACUAAAAAGAAAGCAUGAAUUCUGUAUUUCAAAAAUCUCUGGCUGGGGUAUAGGUGGCGAAUCCGUACUCAUUAAUACUUAUUUCUAGUAUAAAAGAAUUGAGUUGAACUCAACAUAAAAAAAUUAACAUGAUUGAGAUGGUCUUGUUCCAAAAAGAGAAAACCCGUGUUCUCAUAUUACUUAAAUUGGAACCUCAUCUUAUCAGCAAAUUCGUCAUCGAGCAAAAGCUAUUAUCUUAUUCUGGUAUAUUUUAUUGAUUUCACUGGAUGAAACCCUUCAUUUUGGUAAUCGUAAGACAUAUACAUAGGUGACAGUAUGUAUAUGUUUUUGUGUAACGAGAUGUGGAGAUCUCUUAAUCGGCUUAUGAUGCUAGUAUCUUUGAUGGUGAUCAUUUGAUGGUUUUACCUGGUAUAAAUAAGAUCUAUACUUAAACUCCUUUAAAGAAUGUAAGGAUUUAGCCUAAAAAUGAGGAUCUCAUGUUGUAUCUCUUGCAAGGAGGUCUAAAGAUAAUCAUUAAGAUUUGUAAUAUCUAGCCUUUAGAUGAGAGCGUCUCAAAAGUUAUUUCUAUCAUACGUGUGCAAUAGUAAUCCUUCUUUUGUGACCAGCAAUAAUAAUGUUGACACUCUUUUGGACCAACUUAUUUUUUGUUAUACUUUGUAUACUCUGGGCGCUGUGGAGGCAAAAAAAGAGGAGACGAUUCCUGCAGAACUUUACUGAUUUAUUGAAUAUCAUUAAGAUAGUCAUUUCUGUUGAGAAUGAUGGGUGAAAUCACAUGACGUCGGGAAGAAAGUUCUUUCGACGACAGGAUGAGGAAAUGGAGUUUGCUUAUUAAAAUCUACACAAUGGACCUUGUAGGUUUGAUUUUUUUCGUAAAUUUAAUUGCUUUCCUCUUUCUUGUCUAUAUGUGGGAUGUCAUCAGUCUCCCGUUUUGCUUUUAUUACCCUCCAUCAAUUAUGAUAGUUGCAUUUCUCCCAAGGGCACUGGAUUCUAUAAGGAUGAGUGGGAUGACGACGAUAAUGCAUUCAUACACUUAUUGCAUGUUUGCUUAUUGCAUAGGUGUUCAUUGUUUAUGGCAUUUAGACUUAAUGCAUGUUUGCUCCUUGCAUAGGUGGUUGCAUUACUUGAAGUCUUGCCCAAUCGUUUGACAGCUGAUGUGCUUGAGCAGCUCCGCAUUAGCAAACAGACAUUAGUAUGAUGACUUUCGUUGAUGUAUCGAGUAUUUUGGCCUGAUAAUCUUUAAGAUUGAUUGGAACCUCUGUGAAUUUUCGAUUGUAUUUGAAGGUAGAACUAGGUUCACGAGCAGGAGCUCUCAAACAGAUGCUACUUGAUCUCCUAGAGGAUCAUCAUGCAAUCCGUCGCAUUUGUGUAAUGGGACGGAAUUGCAUAAUUCGGAGAGGUGAUAUGGAGUGUGCACUUCCUUCGGAAAGACAGGUUGCCGAAGGUAAUAAUCUUUUACUAUGCCGUGUUUAAUAAGCUGUCUGUUGUGUCGCGGUAGGCAUAUUACUCGUCAUGUCCUCCAUCUCAUCAAUUUAUUUUACAUGAUUGAGAAGCUUGCUCAGCAAAGUUAAAUAUUAAAAUAGCUACAAUUGUUUGUAAAAGCUAAAGAUAUUUGUAAGUAUCAACGCUCGAAUGACUAAUUGUGUUUAUGUUAAUGGGUGAGGGUUAUCUGUCCUGGUUUUCCUUUACAUACGAGACACACUUUAAUGAAUAAUAUUACUUAUAUUUUUCUCUCUGAUGUUAAUCAUUCGGAGGUUUUGGCUUUAUAAUAGUUUAGAAAGGUAGUUUGGGAUUCUUUCCCCGUGCAGUUGCACAUGAUGCUAACAGUGGCAGAUAUCUCUUAAUUCACAUUGGAGCCAUCCUCCACGGCCUGAUGACAUUUCAGUAGGUUUUCCACCUCCAGAAACAUCUAUCAGAUUAUAACCUGAAAUGUAGGUCAUUAAAUGGUAUUCACUGUUUUGGUUCCAGAUAAUUCUAAUCUCUAUACAUCACAAUUUCUAGACAUUUGAUGUAAGUAUAAUUCUAUGAUUAUUACGUGGAUUUUCAAAUGAGGAUAUUUCUAUAUUUUAUAUAUUUUCCGAGAAUGACAACACCAUCCUCUCUAAUGCCCCAUAUGAGUACUCCAUGGAAUCAGGGCUGGACGUUAUAUGAUUAGACCGUGUCCACUGUUUAGAAUUGUCUAAUAUGAUUGACUUAAGGUCAAUGCUUAAGUUAGAGUCCUUUGUCCAAUGGGCCGUGAGAGUGAAGCUAACUCAUGUGUGCACAAGUCUCAGAAAAAGAAUAAUGUACCUUAGUUAUGGUAGUCCAACUUCUUUUCCCCUUAAUGGAUUGUGUGGUCAGUGAAAUUGGCUCAUGUUUUUAUUAUUUAACUUAACAUAUUAUUAUGUAAUGUUUUCACGUGUUUUUUUUAUUUGUCUUUUUUUUAGUUUGGGGUCCAUUGUUUUGACUUUCUUCUGAGUCAUUUGAUUUUUUUGAGACGAUUUGAUUUUUAUUUGAUCCAUUGUUUGAUAUUAUAAGUUCCAUAAAAUGUGGAUUCUACCUUUCACAAUUUUAUUGUUAAUUGCAUUCAGAUAGGAAGAGUAGCCCUUGCUUACUCGCUCUCAAAUGAUGUAUUGAAUGAACUACAGAAUAAUACUAUGUGAAAUGUAGUUACAUAAUGGUAGAUGUAAAUUUCAAACUUUUGUUUAUUAUUAUUACUUAUUUAAUUUUCUGAUGCCGAAAAGGACUAAGAUAAACCAGGACGACUUAAAAAAUGAAACCUAGAGGCUGAAAAGAUGAAACCUAAAACAUAACACCGUGUUCCUUCCCAGAUAUCGUUUUUUUAGCAUAUCUCGUUAAUAGUUUCCUUUUUCGCUUGGAUAACCUUCACCUGAGAAAUAGUUGAUUGUAGGUCCGAUUUUCUUGCUGAUCCAGAAAUUUCUCUUCUUAUUUAAAUUAAAAGGCACUGUAUAAGGGUGCCUCUUUCCUUAUUUCGUUUUUCUUGUGCUUCUUCAUUGACUCAAGGUUUUUCUUAUUUUUCUCUUUGGCUUCUGCAACGUUAAACUCUCUUGGUUGAUUUUUCGAUUUUUAACAUUCAUGCGUUUUAGAUUUUUUUAAUGGAAUCUAGGUGUCUUGAAGCAAAUUGAGGAUAUCUGACAUUAAGAUAUUUUGUAAUUUGGCUUUUUCGGUUUUUGGCACAACUUUGAAACUUUGCGAAGCUUUAAACAUUUUGAUAAUUUCUUAUGAGCUUGAGAUAUCUCAGUUAAUCCUUAAAACAUCUCUAUAAUUUUUUAUAAAACAUGAGUUUUUGACACAAUUACUUUUAAAGGUUUAUGUGGUUUUGUGAUUUUUUUAUAGUUUCUAUAUGUUGUGAUUUCUUGAAGUCGUUACUAAUCAUUGUUCGUUAAUGACUUUUCAGUAUUUUCAUGAUUUUCACUUUUGAUGUGGUUCAAACUCCAGCCCACUACAAACUGGGUUAUCGUGCACCUCCAAAUAUAUGGAUCUGUGCUUCAUGAAUUAGCCAUGCCCCAUCUUUUGAUCCUUUUGUUAGUGGGCGUCAGUUAAUACAAAUUAGGCUAGUGGUUUGGACCCUUCUUGGAGAUAGUUUAGAGUCCAUUAAUUUGUAGGGUUAUAGCAUAUUUGGACAUGGGUUGGAGCUCUUUGAUGGAUUUUACACUGCAGCAAACGGGGGCAUAAGAAUGGUUUUCAAUUGCAUCAUGCACACUGCAGGCCAUUCCUACACCAUGGUAUCUGACCAAGUAUAUGACUUUGAAUCGCCUUCUCUCAUUAUAGAUUAGAUAUUUAAGAUGGAGAUAGCGGUGAUCCAGUUGACCCAAAGCCAGAACGUGUUGUUGUUUGUGGAAAGCUUAUCAAUGUGGUCAAUGAGCUUAAGUGUCAGGUUUGCUGUGUAAAUAGUUAUCGCCUUUUGUUACUCUUUUCUUUUUCACUACUGUCAUUUUUUCUAUUUUUCAACAUAUUAGAUGCUGUAUUUUUUUGCGCUUGACUAGUAUUGUUUCCAAAUAAAUGAUAUGGCAUAAUACUUGUAUACUUCACAUUCUUGUUUGUUCAAUCUCUAUCAGUAAUACUUGUAUUACCAGUAAGACUCAUAAUUAUUCUUUUGCAGAGGAGGAGGAGGAAAUUGAGAUGCUUUUGGAGAAUUAUCUGCAAAGGUAUGUAAUUAAGUGUUGUUUUACAGCUUUGGAUUUCAUUUCUUGGCAUUUUAAUAUUUCUGUGAUAAUUGAUUUUCUUUUUUCUAGAAUACCAUCAUAUCAUAGUUCAUGAUCUUUCUAACAGAAUAGUUUUCAAAGGGAACAUGCAGAUCCCCUACUGAUUCUUUUAGUUUUCUUUAAUGAGGCAUACAAGCAUAUCCAAAACACAAUUCCAACUCUUUGUUAAGAUAUUUUUUAUUGAGAUCCCUGUUAUAGCUUCAAAAAGCAUAUCACAAUAAUGAUCUGAUACCCAAGGAAACCUUGUGGCCUACCCUUAAACUCAUGCAGAGCAGUAUCUUUUGUGACAAAUUCUUCUAUUUUCUGAAUUUUCUUCCUACUGUCAUCUAUUUAAAUGAUCUGUCCUCUCUCUAUUCCCAUUAAUUUUGUUUGCAGUCCUUGAAUAGCCACAGGGACAUAAGAACCGAUUGAAGUUAUCAAAACAAAAAAUUUCACCUGGCACAGCCAGAUCUAAUUGUCUGUCUAGUUAUCGGGGAUGCACGUUGAGCUGUCCCAAUUUCAGUGAAAUGCCUGACACUUGAAUUGUGCUUUAGUGUUUGACCUUACAGUUGUGCCUCAGCAAUACCUGUAUCAGUUUUUAUUCUGCAGUCCAUUGACGCAAGCCAACUCCAUUCAAGUAAAAUGUAUGAGCUUCUUCUGACAGCAAAGUACUUCCUAAUGCCAAAACCUUAGCAAACAGAAGCACAGUUGGCUCUGCACCUGGCACAUCUGCCACUUUUUCUUAGAAACCUGCCGCAUGUAGUACCCCAUAAACGACAAGUAUAUAGUCAGAGAGAGAGAGAAAGAGAGUGAUUACUAAUUCAUUAAUAUUCAACAAUAUAUUCAGCGGUCUGAACUCCCUAAAUUGUGCCAGUCGCUAAGAAUGUUGUAACAUCAUUUUUAAUUUUCGCAUCACACAGGCAAAGGCUUGUCUCUCAUGGAAAAUCCAUGAUGAUAUGCUGAUGUUUUGCAUAUCAUAACCUCGUGGUUUUGAAAGUUCUGCAUAGCAUAUCUUAAGGCUGCAUGGAAAGUGCUUCUAUUAUGGAUUGCUUUAAAAUAACCCCGAUAGUCUAGGAUAAGCUGGUGCCUUGCACCAUUAAAACACCUUAAAUCAGACUCUAAAAUGUAGAGGAACCUUAAAUCUUAAAAAAUUCGUAAUUCUUCACUAUCUAAGUCAUCUUAAUCUCCUUAUUCUCUUAACCACGUAAUCCGCUUAAGGGUAAAACAGCUGAACUCUAUUUUUUUAGUAAUGAGAAUCCUCAUAUGUCCACUCAGCAGAAAAGAGAAAAAGAUGAGUCUCCAUUAAUCUUUAUUAUGCGUAGUAUUUAUUCAUGAGUGUUCCGCUGAAAUUGACCAGUAUGUAGCUUGUGUGAAAUUUUCUUUUAAUUAGACAUCUUAGUGUGGUGACAGUUGGUUUUGGAUACUAUCGUUCGGUGGAGACUCUUUUAGAUGACUACAUUUAUGUGGUAUCAUGUCUCCCUGAUAGACCCCGUCAGUAUUUUUGGCUGAUUGUUCGUGGGGACAUUUCAUAGAUCUAUUUAGAUGUUAUAAGCCUAAUUUCGUCACUUUGAUAAAGGAGCUUUCCCAUGAAAUAUGUAAAUAUGGCUGCCUGAAUGUUCAUUCUCACGUACAUCAUGCAAGUUUUAGUUGUUGGCAUAUUUCAUUUGGUCAUUAAGUUUCCCUUUAUUUCUCUACCACAGAUGUGAAUCUUGUCACGGGCAAGCAGAAAGGCUCCUCGAUUCAGCAAGAGAAAUGGAAGAUUCAAUUGCUGUAAACUUAAGGUCUGUUAUAUAUUUUUCAUGCAUGAGUUCUGUAACUGCACUUUUCUGUUCUUGUCUGGAUACAAUCAUUGAAUAUUGAGGUAGGUUUUGUUAAAUGGCUGUCCUGAAAUAAUGAAUAACCUCUUAUGCUAUUUAAUUAUUUAAAAAAUGGUGAGGAUGCUUCUUUUUUCCUUUGUUACAUUAUGCAUUAAGAGAAGACGAAUGGGGAAAGUUUUGUGUUCGUAUCUAAAAUUAUUAACCAUGGAAAGAUUUAUGUUUUUGAAUAAAAUAUAUUAAAAAACAUUACCUUGAGAAAUUUGCCUUGUUGCAGACAGGAUUCUUUUUUCUUGUUCAACCAUGAACUACAGUGUUAUGUUGCAGCUAGUUACUUGAUGGUGCCCUCAGUCAUAUAUUUAUGAUGGCACUGGAACCUUGUUCUGCCAGCUCUGAACAUUUUCAGAGCAGUUGUCAUCCACUUUUUAUGAUCGGAAGCGAGUGCUAUCAUGUUGGAUUCUGCUCUUCCCUUUUUUUCGGUUCCCCCUUUCGCUUGCUGAUUGCAUAUAAAUUGCUACACGUAAAGAAGUAUUUGGAAAAAAAAUCAGCAUAAGUCGGAAUAAGACUUGGACUCUUGAAGAAAACGGAUACUGAACUCAUGAUAUAUUCCUUUUCGCUUUCUAAGCAUACCAGAGGGUCCUAUCUUUCCAGUAAAAUCUUUCUGAUUUCUAUACAGGUUUAUCUCUAGAAAUUACAAAUCUAAUUUUGUAGCAUAAAAAAUACUAAGGCUAUUCUGACUUUUUGUUACUAUCAGUUCGCGGAGGCUGGAAGUUAGUAGAGUGGAACUUCUUCUUCAAGUUGGGACAUUUUGUGUAGCUAUUGGUGCUCUUAUUGCAGGUAAAACGACACCGGAUACCUUACUAUUAAGACUCAUUUUUCCGACAUUCUUUUCGAUUUGUGGGACUUUUGAUAUUUCCACAUUGAGACGUCUAAAUCCAUGUCAAAACUAUAGUUUACCAUCAGGAGGAACUUCUUAAUCAGAGAUUUCUUUUGAUAUGUUUCAUGUGUUAGAAGUUAAUUUUAUGUUCAUGAGCAUUAAUUUGUGAUGUAAUUGUACAGUUGUCCAUAUUUCUGCAUCCAUCAUAAACAAUUUACUCGCAGCUGACAAGAUUUAGUGAACUUACCUUAAAAAAAAAUGUUGCUGUAUGGUCUCCAUGUGUGCUUUUUCGUUCAGUACCUUCUGUAUAGGCCUCUGCCUUCUCUGCCCCUAUUGGUGUUGGUGGGUUAUCUGUGUAGAAAGAAGGCCUGUCUAGGAAUUUCUAAACCUAUAGUUUCCCUUAUUCUCCCUUAUCUUUAAACAAUCAAAUAAGCUGGUUUGUAAGCUAGCGUCACGGAAAAUGAAAUCUCUCUAGAUUUGGAAUGUACUCGGAGAUGCUUGGGAUCUCUAAUUUUAGAGCCUUUAUCUUCUCCCCAUCAAUGUGCCAGUUAGUACUGAGCCAGUGGCAUGCCCUUUUUAGGUCAGAUCAUGGGCCAAUUUCUCCAUGCAUGGAAGUCAAAACUGGUGCGUUUCUUUGUCACUCGAUCAUUCAAAACUAGCGCGUUUUCCAGUUAUGAGCAGCCACACAUUCAGAAAUAGAACCGAGUCUCCAGCUGCUCACAUAUGAGGGAGAAUAGCUGGUAACCAUGCAUUUGUAAACAAGCAUGCAGCCAUCUGGGAAUGGCCAAGGCGAGAGUUUUCAAACUGUGCUAUGAAUAGCUGCAUUCAUUUUUGUUCAUUUUCCAUGAAUGUUUCGCCCUCUGCUUCCAAGUUAUCUAAUCUAUCUGUUUGCAUCUUCCAACGGCAUAUAUUUCUUCUUUCUUCCAGGAAUAUUUGGAAUGAAUCUGAAAUCCUAUCUCGAAGAGCACGUGGUAUGCCAAAUUCUACAUCUCGAGAGGCGUAAAUGCUUCUACCUGCCCCUCCAUUUAUGCUCGUUGUUCUUCCCUCUUGCAGUGCGCAUUCUGGCUGACGACAGCAGGAAUUAUCGUUGGGGGAGUGGUUGCAUUUUUCCUGAUGUAUUAUUAUCUCAAGGCCCGAAGAAUAUUAUAG